AUGAAUCCUCAUAGCCUGCAGCCGUAUGAGUACGAGUUGUCGAGGACGAGCACGCACACAUCAGACGAAACAGACGAUCCGUUACUUUACUUCGACCCCGAUUCGGACCACGAUGAUUUCCAUACCCAUUUACUGCCGGGCCAGACUGUGUCGGGUCGGGCCCAACGAGGAGUUUCUUCCCAACUCAUCUCCCUAGCCCCUGCUUGGCUGCGCAAACAGUAUCUUCUCCGCCGACCCCGAUCGAGAUCAAAACGACUUCCCCGCCGAUAUGUCUGUACGCCUCGAUCGUUCCUUCGAAAAUUCGCUUUGUUUUGUUAUGUAUUCUUCACCACCAUCGCUGCCAUCGUUAUCGUGGGAGGUGUCUUUUUCCCCGGUUACACUCACCUCCCACCCCACUAUAAAGCAUUAAGACAAAGGGCAUUGGCCUCCGAGAUCCCAGGGCGGAUAAAUGUGCAAAAUCAAAAAGUGUUUCUUGCAGCGAGCAUCUACGACAAAGGCGGCAGGCUUCUGGGUGGAGAUUGGGCGGAAAACGUGCUGGAGCUGAUCCAGUUACUGGGACCACAGAACGCAUUUCUUUCGAUAUAUGUCAACGAUUCCGGUCCAGAAGCGAAAGAGGCGUUGGGGGAACUUGAGAAGCGGGUGCCGUGCGACCACGCCUUGGUGUUCCAGGACCACUUGAGCAUCGACAACCUCCCCCAUAUCCGUAUCCACGGACAAGAACGCGUGAAGCGCAUCGAGUAUCUGGCUGAGGUUCGAAACCGAGCGUUGAGACCGCUGGAAGGUUCAAACACCACGUUCGACAAACUCCUCUACCUCAAUGACGUCGUCUUCCAUCCGAUCGACGCUGCCCAACUACUUUUCUCCACGCAUACUGUGGCCGACGGCGUCACGGACUACAGGGCCGCCUGCGCGGUUGAUUUCAUCAACCCUUUCAAAUUUUACGAUACUUUUGCAACCAGGGAUGCCGAAGGAUACAGCAUGGGACUUCCCUUCUACCCAUGGUUUGCGGCUGGUGGUGACGAGACCAGCCAUCAAGAUGUCCUGGACGGCAAAGACGCAGUCAGAGUUAGGAGCUGUUGGGGCGGGAUGGUUGCGUUCGAUGCAGAAUUUUUCCAACCACGACCUGGCAGACCAGAGCUGAUAACUGCGGGCAACCAGAGCCCUAGCAAUCUCUCCACACCUUACCGCUUUCGUGCAGAGAAGGAUCUCUACUGGGAUGCGUCGGAAUGUUGCCUCAUCCAGGCCGACAUUCAGAAUCCCGAACCUGGAAAUUCGGGCAUCUACAUGAACCCUUUUGUUCGAGUGGCGUACGACUCCACAACCCUUUCGUGGCUGGGCUUUACCCGACGUUUCGAGCGCCUGUAUACCCCUAUCCAUUGGUUAAUUGACCUUUUCACGAACAAACCAAAGUUCAACCCUAGACGACACGAGGAACCAUGGCAGCAGGUGCAGGAGACGGUGUGGGUUGCAGAUGAGAGGAUGCCCCCAAACAAUGGGUCAUUCCACCAAGUGACGCGGAUAGCUUCACAUGCAGGCUUCUGCGGCCGCCGAGGGUUGGCGGUUAUCAAGGAAAACAUCAUGGAAGGAGAAAGAAACUGGGAAUUCGUGCCAGUGCCUUCAUGA